AGCGAGCACUCAACCUUGAGGGUAGUGGUGGCUCGAUCACCCUGUUGGAUCGUCGGUUUGGAACCAAACGCCGCUUCUCUUCUCGUUCUAUAGCUGUCAUGGUUGCUGGAACGUCAAGCACGCGCCAUGCAUUGGGUUGUGUAAUCACUAACUUCUUUACGACCACCACCCACCGAGGAUGAUUUGUUCAGCACAGACUGCACUCAAGCAGAUUCGCCUGAGGCUAGCACCCUCCAGCAGUCGAAGGUGUUAUUCCGCUGGCCGUGGUAUGGAUGCCAAAGUCUCUAACGUACCGUCAGAUGAAGAAAGGAAAGCCGAACAUAUCCGCAUCUCAAAACAAAUUCAAUCCGAAGCCCAACACGGCGAUGAAAAGAAAGCUCCACUAAGAAUGGAAGAACUAAACCCCUUUUACUGGACAGUUUCUUCAGGCCCUGGAUGGUCCGGCGCUCGUAGUCGUGUUGACGAAAAGGAGCAAUCUCGUUUUUAUAAACUCAGCUUCAAAGAUCGAUCGAACCCUAGUAUCGGCGCGCAAGUGCAAACGCUGAUGGAAAUCACGGACCCGGUUCUGUUCUGUACUGCACCUCAAAAUGAGAUUGAUUUGGAGGAAUUGGGGUCUACGGUAGUCGACUGGGACGAUUUAGAGUCCAUGAUUUCUAAGGGAGCCACUCAUCGGCCGGUGGCUGUAACAACCACGGUUGAAGCCAUGCUAGGAGAUGUGAAGGUUGACGAUGCGUUUUCUCCGACAGAGGAGCUGGAAAAAAUUAUUUCUGACGCAUUUAGUGAUAUCACGGUGCCAGUAAACUUUACUGCGGCUGCCCUUCCUUCUGAUCAAGUCGAAUUUGACGGAAUAGAGGAAGUCACACUUCGGGACCAACUACGUGGAAGAAACCUGGCCACAAUCAAUGCGAUCUAUGAACGUGCAGGGUUCCCGUAUCGUUGGUAUUCAGAAACCGAUAUGGAGCUUCAAGAUGCGCUAAAAUAUCUAAGGGACGUCAAUGGUCACAUCGUCGACGCGGGCUGGUCCAACGCCGAUAUACUUCUUGUUGAAGUUGACCCUACAACAAGUUUGAUCAAGCAACCGCUUAACAUCGUUAUGUUCAUCGAACUCAAAACGCCCCAAGUGCUCAACAUGAUCGGACAGGCAAUUCACGCCAUACGGCCUAGAGAUCACGUUCUAACGGGACCGAGAAAGAAGAACUCUCAACAGAAACGGUCUUCUCGUACAAAAGGCGAAAAACUGAUUACUCAGAUCGGAUUUGAAUUCUGGGCGUCAGGUGCCAGCCUUGCGGUAUAGUUACUUCUUCUUCGUUGUGCGUCCAUUCAUCAGUUGUUCCAGUGUCUCCAUGACGGCCGUUCCUGGGCAAUCGCUUAUGUUGAAGAAGAACCUGAGGGAAAGCGCCUGAACAUUCGAUUUAG